AUGGAUAAGAAAUAAGUGUCUUGGCAUUAAACUUCGUUAAGAUGGUUAUUUUUGGCAAUGACUUGCAUAUUUUAAGUUGGAUGUUGUUUGUGCAGUGAUUUUCCAUCUGUUUUAGCAUCCUAGAUGAAGUUGCAAUUCUCUAUUUAAUAAUCGGAUAUUAAUCAACUAUUUACAUUUUAUUCCUUGCCUAAUGUUAUAUUCCCAUUUUUUGGAGGAAUUAUCAUUGAUAAGAUAGGAAUAAGAACCUCUUUGGUUUCAUUUGCAGCCUUUCUUGUGUUUGGAUAAGGUACAAUUUUAUUUCUAAACAUUUCUAGCUUUAUGUUAUUACGGAUCCCUAAUUUUGAACUACAACUAUUUGAAAAUUGGCAUGAUGCUAAUGGGCAUGGGUGGUGAAAUUUGCAUGAGUGUGGCAUAGAGUUCUAUUGUUAGCAAAUGGUUUGUUGGUUAAGAGAUGGCCUUAGCAUUUGGGUAUUAAUUAUAUAUCAAAAUUUAGUUUAAAACUAACAUUUACAAGAUUAGGAUCAGUUUUAGGAGUAAAUUUGCUGAGAUACACAUAUGUUCAAUUUAAUGAAAGCUUUCAGUCUUGCAUGAUGAUUUGUUGUAUCAUCAUCCUAAUUGUAUGGGGGGUUUCAUUUAUUCAAAUUGAAAUGGAUAAAAUAAGUGAUUUUAGAGAUGGAUAAAUCAAAAAGGAUGAGGAAUAAUCUAAUGUAAGUCUAUCAGAUAUUAAACAAUUUAAAUUGGAUUUCUAUCUCGUAUCUUUGACUUGUGUAUUAUCAUAUAGUGCUUUCAUAGUUUUGUAAUAAAAUUCUUUGCAAAUGUUUAAAAUUAGGUAUUACAUAUAUUCAUAAUAUACAGAUACCAACUUCAAGAUUAGGAAGCCACAUUUUUUUACAGCCUGCCUUAUUACAUUAGUGCAAUCAUUACUCCGAUUUUUGGUGGUUUUGUUGAUAAAAUUGGAUAAAGACCUUUAAUUAUUCUCGUCUCCGGUGUUUUACUCUUAAUUUCUACUUCUUUAUACUGUGUAGAACUUAAUUGUAUAAAUGACACUUGCCAUAAUUUAACAUUAUUGGCUUAAUCAAUUAGUGGUCUAUCAUUUGCAAUUUUUGCUCCCGUUAUUUGGCCAUGCAUUCCUUUAUGCAUUAAAGCCAACGCUUAAGGUACUGGAUUCGGAGUUGUAACAUCAAUUUAGAAUAUCGGCCUAUCCCUUUUGCCUCUGAUAGUUGGAUCAAUUAUUCAAGAUGAAACCUAAUAAUCUUAUGUCUAAAUGAUGUAAUUUAUUCGAAUGGUCACUAUUUUGGGUACAUUAUGCAAUAUAACUUUAUAUAUGUAUGAUAAAUCACAUGGGAGGAAGUUGAGUGUAAAAUAAAAAAAAUAAAAAAGUAAUUGA